ACUGUUCGGUAUGCGUGUCGAGGAAGUCGUCUUUCUCAUAUUUUCACCAGAGCCGGGAUGUGGUUACAACAUGAGUUUCUCUUGACAGCCAUCGCUCAGUGAAAGCCAAGCUGUGUGAAACUAUCAAACGUAGAGAGGGAGCUCCUCGUCAGUUUAUAGUUCAUUUUACAUAAUUUUAUUACAAUCUAGGUUCAUGGUUGUAUUUUUUUGAGGACUAAUCACGAAGUACAAAACUGAGUUUUCAUAAAUUGAUGAAUGUUUAUUUUUCUGAUUCAACUAAGAAGACAGCGUGCCUCAAUUGAAUGAUCACUGACGCAACAGCGUUCAAUCUUCCAGACUACUCCAACGGAAGUAUCUUUUCUCACAACAAUGAACUUCAGGUGGCGACAGACAAGGUUGCUGGUAAGCUGAGUUCUACUCUCUCAUGGGUGAAGAACUCGGUGUCCCACACGGUCAGUCAGAUGGCUAGCCAGGUGGCCACGCCCACGUCCCUGCAGACCACCGCCACCUCCUCUUCUACGUCUCUGUCCUCGCCCGCCCUCUCGCCGUCCUCGCCGGCGCAGCUCAGUCCUGACGAUGUGGAGCUGCUCGCCAAGCUCGAGCAGCAGAACAGGCUGCUGGAGACGGACAGCAAGUCGCUGCGCUCCAUGAACGGCUCCAGGCGAAACAGCGGCUCCUCCCUGGUGUCCAGCUCCUCCGCCUCCUCCAACCUCUCGCACCUGGAGGAGGACUCGUGGAUCCUCUGGGGGCGAAUCGUCAACGAGUGGGAAGAGGUGCGCAAGAAGAAGGAGAAGCAGCUCAAGGAUCUUGUUAAGGGAGGGAUUCCUCACCACUUUCGGGCGAUAGUGUGGCAGUUGUUGUGCAACGCCCAGAACAUGCCCAUCAAGGAUCAGUACUCCGAACUCCUGAAGAUGACAUCACCCUACGAGAAGCUGAUUCGCAGGGACAUUGCGCGCACCUACCCUGAACACGAUUUCUUCAAGGAGAAAGACAGCUUGGGCCAGGAGGUGCUCUUCAACGUCAUGAAGGCAUAUUCUCUGGUUGACCGUGAGGUCGGCUAUUGCCAAGGGAGUGCAUUCAUUGUGGGACUGCUGCUCAUGCAGAUGCCAGAAGAGGAGGCUUUCUGCGUGUUCGUGAAGUUGAUGCAAGACUACAGAUUACGAGAGCUCUUCAAACCCAGCAUGGCUGAGCUGGGACUCUGCAUGUACCAGUUUGAGUAUAUGAUCCAGGAACAACUCCCGGAGCUUCACAUGCAUUUCCAGUCUCAGAGCUUUCACACGUCCAUGUAUGCCUCCUCCUGGUUCCUCACCAUCUUCCUCACCUCCUUCCCUCUGCCCGUCGCCACACGGAUCUUUGACAUCUUCAUGUGCGAGGGUCUGGAGAUAGUUUUCCGCGUGGGGCUGGCCAUCCUUCAGAUGAACCAGACCGAACUCAUCCAGCUCGACAUGGAGGGAAUGUUACAGCACUUCCAGAGGGUCAUCCCACACCAGCUGGACAGCGGACCGGAUAAGGUCAUCCAGGCUGCUUAUCAAGUUAAAUACAAUGCCAAGAAGAUGAAAAAGUUAGAGAAAGAAUACACUACAAUCAAAUCUAAAGAGAUGGAGGAGCAGGUGGAGAUAAAGAGGUUGCGGACAGAGAACCGGCUCCUGAAGCAGAGGAUAGACACACUGGAGAAAGAAAGUGCUUCCUUGGCAGAUAGAUUGAUCCAGGGUCAAGUGACUCGGGCUCAGGAGGCAGAGGAGCUGUACCUGGUCAAGCGGGAGCUGGCCACACUCAAACAGCAGAGCGAGGAGGCCGGUGCUCAGCUGGAGCAGGCCAAGACACCCAGCAGGCAGCUCCAGCCGCAUCAGCCGCAAGUGAAGGGAGCCCCUCGGUACUCUGAGGAGUCCGUGCUGCAGCUGGAGCGAGAGCUGGUGCAGGCCCGACUGAAGGAGGCGGAGUCUCAGUGCGCUCUCAAGGAGAUGCAAGACAAGAUCCUGGAUAUUGAAAAGAGGAACACAUCGCUCCCAGAUGACACCAAUGUGGCGCGUCUUCAAGAGGAGCUGAUCGGAGUGAAGCUAAGAGAGGCGGAGGCUCUGACCGGCCUGAAGGAGCUGAGGCAGCAAGUCAGAGGCCUGGAAGAGCACUGGCAGCGCCACUUGGCACGCACCGCCGGUCGCUGGAAGGACAGCACCAGGAAGAAUACCUUGAGCGAGCUGCAGGACGAGCUGAUGAGCGUGAGGCUGCGUGAGGCCGAGGCCCAGGCAGAGCUGCGGGAGACACGGCAGAGAAUGCUGGAGCUGGAGACGCAGAAUCAGAUUCACAGUAACCAGCUGCGACGGGCGGAGCAGGAGGGUCGCUGUCUCCAGGAGUGUGUGCAAACGCUGACGGUGCAAAAUAAAGACCUGCAUGGGCAACUGCAAGAGAUCAAGCGGAGACAAGCUGAGAUUGAGUGCAAGAGUAAAGAAAAGGUGAUGGCAGUGAGGUUGCGGGAAGCUGACAACAUUGCCGCCAUGGCUGAACUCCAGCAACAGAUCUCAGAGCUUGAGAUUCAGAAAGAAGAAGUAAAGGUCCAAGGCCAGCUGAACCACACAGACUCGAGCCAGUACAUCCGCGACCUCAAAGACCAGAUAGCAGAACUAAAGCAUGAGGUUUGCUGCUUAAAAGGACAGAGGAGCCUGGCCAAUCAGCCCACUUUUGAUGGGAUCCACAUUGUCAAUCACUACGUGGGACACGACGAGUCUUACCAGUCUUCCGAUGAAGAUGGAGUCAAGGGCCCGAGCCUCCAGGACACCCAGCAGAGAUGCAGGGACCGGAUCAGACUGCGCGUCAACCUCGGGGACAGCGACAGUGAUGAUGACGAGGAGGAGGAGGACGACGACGAAGAGGACGACGAGUCCCUGCGACUCUCUGUACCUCUGAGCGGCAGCCACAAGUCCACCUCCGUGUGACGAGCACCCCGCCGGCCACGAAAGAGUCAGGACUGAGGCUGCCGUCGCUCGCUGAGGAAGAGGAGGUGUUUUUCAGCAGCCACUUCAGAGGAGAAGAAGAUCUGGAGUUCUGGAUUUCAUGGGGAAAUGCAUCAUCAUUUCAUACCGUGAGGAUCACACUUGAGGAUUUAGUUUGCUUUGUUUGCGUCCCUUUUCGUUUCUCUCUUCCCGAGGGCAGCAAACACCUGAGCGCUGUCGACGGGAGCGGACCGUCAGCGUGGACCUCAGCAGUAGACUUUAUUAUAACGUGGAGCGCAUCAGACUCUGUUCCCCCCCCCACUCCUGUCGGUACAACACAGGGAAAGAGACUGUGCAAUAAAUCCUUUUAUGUUCUAUUACACACUUCAUUCAGCGUGUUUUUAUAUUUUUAAAGCAUUUUAAAAAUUAACAUCAAACUCGUAUCGAUGCCGUUACUACUAAGUGUCCAUCAUGCAGAGGCUGAAUUGUAAAAGCCUGUGUGUGUGUGUGUGUAAAUACAUAUCUAUUGUCUUGGUUAGCGGCCAAUAUCAAAGCCGCUUGUCUCAAGCGCUGGCUUGAGGUUAAUGUUGACGUUUGGGCCUUAGCACAUGCCGCAUGCCUUUCACAGGGCCAGUGUAUCACAAGGUCAAUGUGACAUCUGCAUACUUGUAGAUAUGUAAAUGUAUAUUAUGUUUGUUUUUUCCUUUUGAACUUGAAAUGAUGUAUCUAUUGCAUAUCUGAUGUUUAGAAUAUAUAGAAAAAUGCUGAAGACAAAAAAGGGAGGUAUUGGUUAGUUUCAUGUGGUAAGACAAAAGGAAAAUCCUCAUGAGGCGAGUUACUGUUCAGAGAGAGAAAAGGAAAAAAAGAAGAAGCAGUUUUUCCCCUCAUCAGAAGGCUGUUCGUCAGAGCAGUUCAUAGUCAGUGCAGGUGGAUGUUGCACUGACUUCUCCGAAAGCAUCCCCACUUUAUUUUCAAAUUGAGCCCCGAGGUGAGCCGAUGAGUUAAAUGCGAGCGAUGUCUGGCAGAAGAUUUGUGUCACGAAAUUUGCACGGGGGAUGGACGGCGGUCCUGGGGAACCUGAACUGGGAGAUGAAGCUGAGACGACACAACAGAGUUCAAACUUUAUGAACACAAACUGGGGGGGUCGUCGAGUCGUCGAGUGUUACCAAAGUAAGCACGAUCUGUUUGCAUCAUGCUUGUCCACGCAGGCCAGUUCCACUCCAUUUCAUGUGGCGAGGAACCCCCCCGCCCCCAACCCACGGGUGUGUGCACGGCUUUUGACUUCCUCUGAAUGUUUGUAUCGAACACUAACUCCUGAAUGCAUCCUGUCAUGUCAUAUCAGGCCAUAUCAUGUCCGGGGGAAACAGAAAAAAGUCUAAAUCUUUUUGUUUUUUUCUGAGUUGAUGUCACUUGGAUGAACACGUGUUGUUUGAUGGGGGGGGGAGGCACACGUUCUGGCACUUUUUUGAGUGCAGUGCAGUAAGGACAUACAUGGCAACACUAUGGAGCAGUUGGCACACUCUGGAGACUAAAUGAGAUUUGUGUGUGUUUGUCUGUCUGUCUGUGUGUGAUGAGUUCACAAUAAAAACUUUGAUAAAC